GGCCGCGCAGUGCGCAUGCGCAUUGGCACCGCCCACCCGCGCCCGCCGCCACCGCCGCCGCCGCCUCUGCCGCUCCCUCUUCGGGCUGCCGGAAGAGAUUUUGCGCCCUUCCGCCGCGGGGUCACGUGACAUCCCCCUGGUAACGCAAGAUGGCGGCGCCCAUGUUGCUGCCCGAGUCCCCUCUGGGGAAGUUGAGCCAUCAAAAAUACAGAGCUAUUCUAAAGAAAGAAAAGCGAAAAAAAAAGCGUCAGGCACUUGCCAAACUAAGAGACUCUGAAACUGCAGAAAAAGAUGAAUCAGUGUCAGAGGAGGAAGAGGAGGAAGUGGAAGAAGAGGAGGAAGAAGAAGAAGAAGAAAAGAAACUUGAGGCAGAAAGACAAAAGCUACAUGAACAGUGGUUGCUAAGAGAAGAAAAGGCCCAAGAAGAGUUCAAGCUUAAGAAAGAAAAAGAAGAGGCUGCAAGAAAACGUCAAGAAGAAGAAGAGGUGAUGUAUAAACCGAGUGUUACCAUUGUGUCUGGCAACAAGGUAGAUUUAGUGUAAUAUCUUUUCUGUAGUGGACUCAGCUUUCUUGAUGUUGGUAUGUUUGAAAGAGUAAGCUCUUCUUUCUUCCACUCUUAGAAGAGCAAAAUUAAAAAGGAAAAAAACCCGCUCUUUAAAAUUGGGUUGUUUUUUUUUCUCUAGAGAUUUAGUUGCUUAUGACUGGAUGAAAACUUAAUGAUCAAGGAGUUGUGCUACAACAUGAUAGUUUUCAAUUUGACUAAUUAUAAAGCAUUAGUUUCCUUAAAUAAUUUUUAAAUUUUUUUUUUUUUAAUCAUAAAGAGGAAGAUAAAAGAAGAGUGGGAAGAGCAGCAAAGAAAAGAGAGAGAAGCGGCACAGCAGAAGCAGCAGGAGAAGAAAGAGAGAGAGGUGAUUCCUGGCAGUGGGAGGAUAAACGUCUUACAUAUCCUCUUACAUUAUCAGAUACAACAGUCUGCAUGUUGGAAGAGGGAUUUUAUUCUAAUUAGCAAAUGUAUAAAUGUGUUAGAAUACUAUUUCUCUUCGUUCUGUCUAAAUUCCUGAAACAGUUCUUCACUGUUAAAGAGGAUACAGUGAAUCCAUAUACUUAGAAGUAACUAGUUUUAAAGCAUCUGGUUGUUCAUAGUAUGCAAUUUCUGUAUCUAUUAAAUAUAAAAGCACACUGUGAAUGCAGGUUCUGAUGUGCACUUUUUGCAUCAUGCAUUAAAGAUAAUCCUUACUUAAUAGAAUCACAAAAUGGUUUGGGUUGGAAGGGACAUUAAAGAUCAUCCAGUUCCAACCCCCUGCCAUGGGCAGGGACACCUUCCACUAGACUGGGUUGCUCAAAGCCCCGUCCAACCUGGCAGCCUUGAACACUGCCAGGGAUGGGGCAGCCACAGCUUCUAUGGGCAACAUGUUCCAGUGUCUCACCACCGUCACUGAAAAGAACUUCCUUAAAAUGUCCCAGUUGAAUACAGCCAGUGUUGAAGAAAAUGCCCAAUGAGGAUAUGGAAUAUGGAAUUACAUUGCUGCUGUUUCUUAACAGUUCUUAAAAGAUACAUUACAGCUCUUCUUUACCUGACUCAUCCAACUGAACGUAUCUUUUUUUAGAGCUCCUUGGGUGGAAUAAAAAAUGAUACUGAAGAUACAAGGCAAUGAUAACUUUUCUGUUAACACUACAUUCUUUUUAAGUUUUGGAAGUUGAAUGGCCUGGAUGUAAGAUGUCCUGUACAGAAUUCCAAUGUGAGGACUGGCCUAUCACCAGUAAAGGGUGAUUGCAGCUUUUUAGAAUCGGUCAUGUUAGCUUCUCAACAAUCACAAAAGAUUCCUGUCUUUUCACUAUGAGGUGUCUUGCUGCUGUGUCUGGUAGCCACAGCAGGAGAAGAGACAUGAGCGAACAGGACUGGCUCCUGCAUGUAGUAGUUGGUUGUGUCAGUACUUAAAUAACACUUGCAUGAGCAAUGAAAAAGAACAGCGGUUGUUGUAUUUCCUGUCUUACUUCCUCUUGUGAGAAGUGUCCCAUUUCUCUCUUUGCAGAAUAGGGAGAGAAAAUAAUGGUUGUGUCCUUUAUUUAAGGUUGAGAUAUAGUUCCAAGAGAGUUGAACCAGUCGGCUCAAUGAUAGUUUCAAAAAAGAAAACGAAACUUUUAAAGUUGUCUAGCAUUUAGAUUGGAAAAUCAUCUACAUGAGGGUGUUGUCUGAUGUAUCCUUUAACAGCUUUGUAGUACUUGAAUUGCUACAGAGCUAAAGUAUACCUUCCACUUUUAAAGCAAACCCUAUCAAACUUUUAUUAUGUAUAAUCAUUGAGUAUUGUAAAUUAGGUUCUUAACUAAAGAAACCAGAUGUUUUGCGUGUCUUCAGGGUUUUCACUAGUCCUGUGUUUGCACCAUUUAUAGGCAGCUGUGCAGAGGAUGCUGGAUCAAGCUGAAAGCCAGCUGGAGAAUGGUGUGACCUGGCAUAACCCAGAGCCCCCAGAGAAUAUAGGAACAGAGAAGGAUAGAGCGAAUUGCCCAUUCUACAUUAAAACAGGUUCCUGCCGAUUUGGAGACAGGUGUUCUCGCAAGCAUAACUAUCCAACAUCUAGUAAGACACUACUCGUUCGAGGGAUGUUCAUUACUUUUGGCAUGGAGCAGUGCCGGAGAGAUGACUAUGACACAGACGCGAGCCUCGAGUAUAGUGACGAGGAGACCUACCAGCAGUUCCUGGAGUUCUAUGAGGACGUGCUCCCCGAGUUUCAGAAUGUGGGGAAGGUUGUGCAAUUCAAGGUCAGUUGCAACUAUGAGCCUCACCUGCGAGGAAAUGUGUAUGUCCAGUAUCAGUCGGAAAAGGACUGUCAGGCAGCUCUUGCUCUCUUCAGUGGACGAUGGUAUGCAGGCCGACAGCUUCAUUGCGAAUUUUGUCCUGUGACAAGGUGGAAAACUGCUAUAUGUGGCUUAUUUGAAAGGCAGAAGUGUCCAAGAGGGAAACACUGCAAUUUUCUUCAUGUAUUCAAAAAUCCAAACAACGAGUUUUGGGAGGCCAAUAGAGACAUACGUAUUUCUCCUGAACGGACUAAUCAAUUGUCUAAAAACUCUGAAAGGAGAAACAGGACGAGCCAUCGUGAUGACUAUUACAGCCGCUCCAGGAGAAGGGGCAGCCCCAGCCCAGAUCAUUCUUACCGGAGAAAUGGAGAAUCUGAGAGAAAAAAGAACCGCCGCAAAAACAAGAGAAGGCGCCGAUCAGGAAGGUCAAGAAGCCGAGAACGGAGGAGGUCUCGCAGCAGGGGCAGAAAGAGGAGAGGCCGCAGUCGCAGCAGAAGUCAUAGUCGAACACGCAGCAGGAGCAGAAGCCGGAGUUCCUCUCGAUCCAGGAGCAGGGGUAAAAAGAGAUCGAGCAGCAGAGGAAAGAAUAGUGAAACUCCCAAAACAAAGUGAGAAUUACUUUUAGAAAUUGCUAACUGAUCAAACCUAGAGCUGACAAAGCAAUCUUUCCAAUAGGGCACCAGGUAUAUUUGAGUUUCAAAUAAAGUGUUCUUGCACAUUAAAAUGUUUCUUCCUAAUAAAGGAACCUAGUUUAUUGUGUGCUAAGCUUCAGAAAAUUAAAAGUUUUAAGUCCUAUAUAAGAUGUGAAUGUCAAGUACUCUAGCUACUCUGUCCUUCUGAACUGCUGCAACACCUGGAUGCAUACCGAGUACACACAGAGAGAGAAGUAAAGCUUAUUUGGUAUAUGCUUAUUUCUGUGUUACGUGUGUGUUAAGUGUUUACUGUCCCCGUAAGGAGUUAGUACAGAACAGCCAGUGUGCUGUAAAUUCACACCGCAGCAUACUGCAACCUGAAGCCUGUGUUGAAGACUACCAUUUAUAUUUUCCAUCUGUUCAUGGGAAAUCUCUUUCAAGACAAAGUAAAUAUAAUCAUGUUAUGAGUUAGAGAAAAGGGAUCUAAAAGACAUCACUGUUUGAUUGUACAAUACUUGCCCAGUAGGAGCUUUGUGGUCACAAGUGUCGGAUUUUUCUCUCUCCCCAACAGAGCUGCUGAGCUAAGUGCCUGUAGGGAUUGCAGUAGACUAAAACCAAGUACACAGAAAAACAAUCAAUUUAUUCAGUAUCUUAAUCCCCAAGUACAAGUGGAGACCAUGCAGCUGUAAUCCUCGAGUGAGGAUAGAAAAUACUGUGCAUAGCUCUUGGUUGCAUACCAUUUGUAGUUGAAAACAACCUGCCUGACCUGUGAUGGAGCGGUGGAAAAGUGCACACCUGGUAACCAAAGAUGCAUAUAUGUACUUGUGAAGGCUCAGGAUGCUGGCAGAGUGGCUAAAGAAACGGAAGGGUUUAUAAGUAAAACAAUACUUCAGGUUUUUGGGAGAGGAGGACUUGACUUUUUAGGCUUAUCUCACAAAUGGUUUAAGGCUCCCUACUGCCUAGCUUUCCUAUGGUCAAUGUAGAGAGUAGGGUACAUAAAAAUGAAGUUAUCGGGACAAAACCUUUUUGAAGUGACAGCUUUAUUAGCAGAAUACCUGCAAUUAGAUAAAUCCUUACAAAUAUUUCUUCCCUUUUAAAUGGAAGACUUGUGCUGUUAGAUGGACUGUACUUCACUAUUUAACUUAAGGAAUUUAACUUGGGUACGUAGGUGUCUGUAGGUGCUUGGAGAGAGCAGGUUGUGGCACUGAAGGUGCCCUGAAGGGUCUGCAGAGACACUUCCUUCUCUUCAGCCUCUCCAAAGAACUUAGGCUUCUGCUGUUAGAGUACAGUUCAGACCACUGAAGUUGGAAGCCUAAAGCAGAAAUGCAGUGAUCCCAAAUAGGUAUUCAUUACAAUUCCUACAAGGUAAUAAAGUCCCACAGAAAAUCUGGAUAUCCAAACUUUACAGCAUUCCUCACAAGAAUGUUUUUCCCCGAGGAUAGUUCAGAGUGAAUGAACAUUGCUUCUGGAUAUAAUAUAUAUAUAUUUUUGCUUUUCUAAAUGCAUACUGCACCUAGCAUGCUGAUUAUACUUUUUCCUUCUUUCACGUGUAACUUGUCCAAUAUGGAGUAAUACAACAAAAGUGCUAUAUAUUGAUGUUCAGUUCAAACCCGACUUUCACUAUAUAUUGUCAUACCUGUAGGCAGAAUUGUAGCUUAGUUAAUUUGAUUAAAUGUUUUAGUUAUUAACAGAUGUAGGACUUGUAACUUAAUAGCAUAACUUUUGAAAUAAUAACUUUGUUUGAAAGGCAUAUUUCAAAGCAUAGACAGCACUAAGUUUUAAAUUACAUUUGGGAAAUUUGUGACCACCGGUUUCUCGUGCUGUACCUUUUUGUGACUAGAUCUUACAGAUUUUCCCCAAGGUUUCUAUUUUUUUCAGAGAUGCUCACGUGUCUAGUUGGGUCACUGGUGCAGAAUGUGGCAGACUCCAGUUUGGCUCCCUGGAGCAGGAUUGAACUGGCAGGCCAGUAGCACCUCCCUUUGGAUGGUGCUGCUGGCUUCCCACAGCUGCUGCUGCACCAGCCUGCUGGUUAAGGCUGACUCCUGUCAUCUGUAGUGUGCUGUACAUCCUGCGUCAGGUGGCAGACUGUGGCUGAGCAUUAUCUGAGUGAAACCAAUUGCUGAGCUCAAAGGGCAGUAAUGGAAUGGGUGGUAGGAACCCGUGACCAGCAAAGCAGGCUUCUGUAGGAUUAGAAACCGGGUGCCAGCUAAUGCCCAUGUGAGAAUUCCACAGGUAAUUAGGCUUUGUGUCCCCACACUCUUGUAAUGGGAUUUGGGAAGCUGAGCUGCUGUAUUUUUUUAAAAAAUAAGUUCUUAUAAUAAAUUAAAAAAAAAAAAGACUUGCUCAGAGGUGCAUGUAAAAAUUUAAAUACACUUUAUUUCUGCUACUAUAACGGCUGAAGCUUCAGCUUUUUUCCUUGAGGCCUGGACCCAAACGUACUGGCUAUACCUGUGCAGUGUAGGACUGGUAGCUGUAAUUAUCGUUCUCUUCUACAUGCAGUCUGUUUACUACACAGAAAUUGAGUGCUGUAGAACUGACAUUUAUUUUGCAUUUGUUAGCAUGAAACCUGGGAUUCAACCAGUUUUCUGACUUCCAUAUAUUUCAAUAUUGUUUCCCUACUUCAUAAUCUUUAGUGUUAUAUGCAUGGUUUUGUGUUUCUUUAAUAGCUGAAUGAGCUUUUUAUUCUGAAGAGACAAAAAGACUAGAAGUUUUUACAUGUUAAACUUAAUUCUUUUUCCAAAGGGGAGAAACCCCAAAGAACACAGAAAGGAUUUAAAUUUGCAAGGAAUAACUUGUUCUCACUGCCUGUUACUCUGCAUUAUUCCACAUAAAAGGACCUUAGAAACUGAAUUCAUAUUGGCCAAGGUUUUUUUUGGUUUUGUUUUAAGGACUAUGAGGGUGCUGGGGCACUGGCACAGGCUGCCCAGAGCAGCUGUGGCUGCCCCAUCCCUGGCAGUGUUCAAGGCCAGGUUGGAUGGGGUGUAGAGCAACCUGGUCUAGUGGAAGGUGUCCCUGCCCAUGGCAGGGGGUUGGAACUGGGUGAGCUUUAAGGCCCCUUAACCAUUCCAGAAUUCUAUGUUUCUAUGGCUGCUUAGAAGCACUUCUCUUUUUCAGUUGUGAAUUCUGCAAGGCUGGCUGAGGUGGGUUAGGGCAAUGAGCAGAGCAGGUGCUGACGCAGAGCGGGAAGAAGUUGUCAGGGCAGCAGGGGCCUCUCCUGGCAGGGAGAUCACCAGGCAGGAAGAGCGCAUUUCCCAGUGCCAGAAGGGGAAUAAUGGCAGCGUGGUGGGAACGCCUGUGGGCACAGGCAAUAGUGCUGCCCAGCAGUGCUCAGGGAGCAGGGCUUGUUCCCCUCGGCAGCAGCCUGCCCCGAGUUCUGCCUGCCCAGAGCAGCUUAACCACCCAUGGGGGUGAGAAGUGGCAGCUGGAUGCAAGGCUUUACGUUGCUCACGGAGUGGGACGCCAGCCAGCAACUGGAAAGGCCUUCCUGCUCUGUCCCCUUCCCUGGCUUGUAGGGCAGGAGGUUUGGAAUGCAUCCAAAGUAACUUCACAGCUUUACAUCCUUUGGUGACAAUAUGUCUUUCUUGGGUUCAGUUUUGCAUUACUCCAUUGGGCAUAUCAGAAAUUGCCCCGAAGUUCACUAGUGACAUUCCUUUUUUUUUCUCCCCAAAAGAAACUCAAGAGCCUGCUUAAAGAUGCUGUUGCUUCCUGUCCUGGGUCAGCACUUCUUACAAAACAUGAAAGUCUGUGCUACUUAAUAAUUUAAAAGCUUAAUUUACUUUCUUACAUCAUCUAAAGAGUGCAGCUGAUUUUGCUUUCACUGUAAAUUAGUUGUAAUUAAAAUAAAUCCCUAUUAUUCCACAUAUCCUUCUAUUCAGCACUGAUGAAUCAGCUGAAUUCAGUGUUUGUCUCCGAUUAAAAAAAGAUAUACAUAACACUGAUAGGUUACACUUGGGUAAACUAUGAGGCAGGUUACAAAGCGAGCCGUACAAGCACAACCCAUGACACAUGGUACUGUCCCAAAGGCAGCCACAGGGUAACCAUCAUCAUGGCAUUAACCCCAAAGGAGCAGCAAAUGUUUAGGAAGGGCGCUUCCAAUUAAAGACUAAGGUUCAGCAAAGUUGAAGACACUCAAGCCAACAAUGAACUUGCCUAAACAAUCCAGAAAUUCUAACUGAUGCUUGAACUUCCCCUCACCCCUUCCCUGUAAAACAUGAAAUUUAAGAAACAAACAUUUCAUGCUAAAGAAAGGCCCUAAGAUGGUGUCAUGGUUUAAGAAGUUAUCCCCAUGCUUCUAAUAACCAGUUCAGUUUUUUCAGAAAGCUGGAGAACAGAUUCAUCUGAGAGACUUUUGGUCAGAACCAGGAUUGUGGCCAUUGCAAUGACUUGCUCAUAAUUCCGUGUAAGGAUCUGAAUAUUCGGUCUGUGUUAUCCAGAGCCCUCUCUCAACAUGUGGUUAGUUUUAAUUUUCAGAUGAAAUGGCACUACACAUCCACUUUAAUAAAUUCCAUGUUUAAUGUGGUAAGCCUUCCAAAAACUUGCUAAUUUACUGCUUUCUGUACAAUUUAAAUGGAUGUAAAUAACUAAUCUUGGACACAGUAUACUCACACUUUUUUUAAUAAAGUGCUCAAGAACAGGUUAAGCACUGUAAUAAAAUUUCCCUUUUUCUAAGC